GCAGUCACGGCUGCGAGUGGGAUGGAUGUAGCGGCUGGGGCGGUUCGGAGACAGAGCUCGGCGGCUGGGGAAGAGACACCCGCAGGGGCUCGGGGCGACGUCCACCAGGUUGUUCCUGAAGACUGUAUGGGAAGGUUGCCAGGCCCCUUUCUCAGACCGUAGGUCUACUGUGUCCUGGAAGUGAGGCUAUUUCAGAGGGAUGGGUGCCAAGCUAGAUGUGGUAUGGAGGAGUUCUACACUGUUAGAGGCUGUGGCUGGCGGAGCUACCAUUUAUUGCCAUUGCUAUGUACCCUGCAAGAAAUGAAAGGAGAGGAUAAAUCUAACCUGGCUGAACAGUCUCCCCAAAAUUAGAAAAUGAAGGAAGGAGUCAUAAAUUAUGCCAUUGACUGACACCUGCUCAUUCAUACUUAACUGGAAUUUCCAACGGCUGUAGAGGUCAUUGUUACUUCUCAAUUGUUAGAGGGUUGUUGUCAGACACCAGCCACAGAGGAUAAAUGAUCGGAUUGCAGCUGGUGUGACUUUAAAAUAAGAAUAUCGCCGCAGUGUUGGGUUUUCUGUCUCUGCAGCUGCUACUACCCGAUCAGCACUGUCUUGAUACUUUUCUGUUCUAUUUUAAAUUGCUCCUUCUGGUUUUGGAGAAUGCUUCUGCUGCAUGAAUUGGGGAGGACUCUCUUACUACUGGAGAUUCUGGAGGCUGCAGCACUGGUGCACUGGCAGAAUGAGCCAGUGCAGAUCAUCAAAGACUUGGACAGCCAGAUCGAGGCCUCCAUGCAUUCAGUGCUACUGGAGCCAGAUGCCCCCGCUGCGUCCUUCAGCAUCCCAGACGGCUCUGCGUACAUUAGUCGGGCCUUUACCAUGCAGAUCCCAUCAGAGGUGCUACCUGCCCAUGCGAUGCUCAAGAUGACGGAGUCUGGGAAGGACACACUGCCCUCAUGGCUGCAUUGGGACCCAGUGAGUCAUUCACUUCAGGGGCUCCCAUUGGACACUGACAGAGGGGUCCACUAUAUCUCAGCCACUGCCCUGGAGGUGGCUGCGAAUGGAAGCUUUGUGCCUUUUGCUGAAGAUGUCUUCUCCAUUGAAGUUCUUCCAGAUGACCCAUUAGACAGCACUCCCCUCGCUGUGUCAUCGCAGUUAGUCAAUGAGGUCACACCAUCAGUCUGUGGACCAGAGGAACCUCUCACCAUUUUGACUGUGAUCCUUGAUGCUGAUCUCACCAAGAUGACAGCCAAGCAACGCAUUGGGCUGUUGGAACAAAUGCGCAAGUUUGCGGAGGUGGGACUCCAUCAGAUGAAGCUUGUUCCAGUUGUCAACAACCGCCUGUUCGACAUGUCUGCCUUCAUGGCUGGACCUGGGAAUGCCAAGAAGGUCGUGGAGAAUGGGGCUUUGGUGUCCUGGAAGAUUGGAUGCUUCUUAAAUCAGAACAACGUCCCUGAUAUCAGCAGUGUGGAGGUUCCGGCCAAGGAGGGCACCAUGUCAGCUCAGCUUGGCUAUCCUGUUGUAGGGUGGCACAUUGCCAACAAGAAGCUGCAGGUGACAAAGAGAGUGCGAAGGCAAAUAAAUCUCACUCCAACACCUGUCAUUGUUGCACUUCCACCGACAACUGCUGUCAGGGAACCUCCCAGUCACAUAGUCCCAACACCCACCUCCCCAAUUAUUGCGCCCACUACAGACAGAGUGGCACCACCAAUCAGGAAACCAUUAAUAAGUAGACCAGUUAAAACAGUCAGACCAAAAGAUACAAUUACUCACACACCCACUUUGGGUCCUGUGCAACCAACCAGGGUGUUAGAAAAGUCUAGUACAACCAUCCCUGGUCAGAUUGAACCGACUGUGACAAGGCCCGGUUACGUUGAGCCCACCGCUGUGCCCUCUCCUCACACGACCAAGAAACCACGGGUUACUACUUUGAAGCCACAAGUUACAACUCCAACGACAGUUACCACCAGCACCAAGCUGAAGGGACGAACCAAGGCACCGCGGGUCACAAGCAAACCAUCCACCAAACUGCGCACCACCUCACCGCCCACCAGGCGUACGACCAGCCCUGUCCAUGCCACCAAGCCCUUCCGACAGCCUUUCGGUGACAAUCGGCCGCCCAAGCUCACAAACCAUAUUGACCGUGUCGACUCGUGGGUGGGAACUUACUUUGAGGUCAAGAUCCCAUCUGAUACUUUCUAUGAUGAUGAGGAUGGCACCACUGACAAGCUGCAGCUGACUCUAAAACUCAGGGAGCAGCAGACCCUGCCUGAGAACUCGUGGGUCAAGUUCAAUGGCACCAGCCAGCUGCUGUACGGUUUGCCGGACAGUGGGCAUGAAGGAAAGCAUGAGUACUUCAUGCACGCUGCUGACAAGGGUGGCCUGACAGCCGUCGAUGCCUUCGAGGUCCAUGUGCACAGUCGACCUCACAAUGGCAAGUCAAGCGCCAAGUUUGCUGCUCGGUUUCACGGGGAUCACAAGAAGGUGGCCAAUGACGUCAACAAAAAAAUCCAGCUGAUCAAGAAGCUGGCGUACGCGUUUGGCGACCGCAACAGCAGCACAGUUACCCUGCACAGCAUCUCGAAGGGCUCUGUUGUGGUCGAGUGGACUAACAACACACUGCCCCUUGAGCCCUGCCCCAAGGAGCAGAUUCAGUCCUUGAGCAGGCGCAUUGCGGACAGCAAUGGCAAACCUAACCAGGUCUUCACGGCCACCAUGGAGCCGGAGUUUUCCCCCAUCAAUGUGUCUGUCUCUGGCACGGGCAGCUGCAAGAACAUCCAGUUUGUGCCAGCAGUUCCAUUCUCCGAGCCACCCAUCCAGCCCACAGUGUUGGUGGCCGCAGGCGAGGGGCCAUCAAGGACCAGCAACGAUGACGUGUAUCUGCACACGGUCAUCCCGGCAGUGGUCGUAGCUGCCAUCCUGCUCAUUGCGGGCAUCAUCGCCAUGAUCUGCUACCGCAAGAAGCGGAAAGGGAAGCUCACCAUCGAGGACCAAGCUACCUUCAUCAAGAAAGGUGUUCCCAUCAUUUUCGCAGAUGAACUUGAUGACUCGAAACCUCCCCCUUCGUCCAGUGUCCCACUAAUCCUUCAGGAGGAGAAGCCCCCUCUUCCUCCUCCAGAGUAUCCCAGCCAGUCCAGUCACGAGGCUAUCCCCUUGGGCCAGGAUCUGAUUGGUGAAUACACCCCUCUGAGAGAGGAGGAUCCUAAUGCACCGCCCUACCAGCCCCCACCACCCUUCACAGCGCCAAUGGAAGGUAAAGGCUGCCGUCCAAAGAACAUGACCCCAUACAGAUCCCCACCACCUUACGUCCCACCCUAAUACUCAGAGGAGCCUGGAAGCCCCAUGCCCCCACCCUGCCCUCCCCUUUCCACACCAGUGCUGUCUGUAGGGAAUGGAAGCCUGCCAUCAUUUUCAAUUUUCUGAGCACCGGGUUUGUUUUUUUGGAAGCAAAUAAUGCUGAUGUUUCACUGCAGCCCCCAGCGCUGUUGUUCUCCUCCCUGAAUUGACAGGAUGGUCUCCACCAGUCAGCAUUGUUACCUUGAUCUUUUCUGUACAUUGAUAUCGCAGGCUUCAGAACAUUUGUUUUAAAAUGCUAAAGAGACCACGGGCAGCACUGGGAGGAUGUUUGAUACGGUUUGCCUUUAACACUAAUUGUACUGUUUUCUAUUCACGUGUCUAGCAACGGAAGUAUAACAAAAAGUAGCCUAAUGUAAAUGUCAGAGACUGUACUGAAAUCAGUUUGUUUUACAUUUAAUCCACUGUACCUAAACUUCUAGUUUUGGCCAUGUUGAUUAUUUUGAGGUAGAACUUUUCUCUGCUCUGGCUUUUGGGACACCUCGUCAACUUUCAUUUUGCUUGUUAUCGUUUCUUGCUGUCUGCCCUCAGUCACUGGUUCUCUAAGUUUCUUUUUAAUGUCAUCAGUUCUUUCACGCUGUUUGGUGCCGAACACACUUACAAAAUUGUCCAACGCGUCAUUGGACUGUGUGGUGCUGCACAACUCUCGCAUUGCACCCUCUGCCUCUUCAUGCUCAAGUUUGGUAUUCUGUCCAUCGUCUCUGCUGCCUUGCACAUUUUCUUUACCUGUCUCUGUUCUUCCUUUUUUUAUUUUGCCCCCCCCCCCCCCCCCUUCCCUUGUGCAUCCCCUUUUUUUUUUGCUCCUUUGCGCCCCCUCCCCCUCAAAUUUGUGUGGUUAAUAUAAAGUUACUCGCUUGCCGGGUGGUCCUCCUCCCAUUUCAGCUUGGCUGCAGACGUACAGGGGUCUUAAGGUAGGUUAUAUUCUAGUCAGCCAGAAAUGAUUAAAAUAAAAAAUUCAAUCUAAUUUUUUUACUAAAUUUUUGAUACAGCCUCGAUCCUUUUAUUAAAAGCAUACCGCAAUUUGUAAACGCUUGGCUUCUUAGGAAUUGUUGAAAUGAAAUUGGGUUUGAUUUUUUUCCCUUUUUUCCUCUAUCUGUCUCUCCCUCCCUCCCUCUCAUAGAUCACCUUAAAUUUUAAUUUAGAGGGGUUUUUAAGAAAAAGUUUUACUGCUUUUAUUUUUAAAGAUGAUUAUUCUCACAGGAUAUUAUGUAGGUGUGAUGUCUGCCACACACUUUACUGGACUGAACCACAAAGAGAUGGUAUUUGGAACUUGGACUCAAAAAAAAAACCAUUGCAAUAAAUGUGUGCUGCGCUAGCAUGGGUGGUCAAGCUCUGGAGCUGGCAUAAUGCACACGCCAUGGGAUCUUGAAGCCAUAAUAGAACAUGGUGCACAUACCCCAUGUGUGCUUCGAUCUGCAGUGGCCAGGAGAGAACUGAUUCAUCCAUCACCACGGUGAUUGGCGGGCAAAUCAAACGGAAUAAUGCAUUAUUAGCGAUUUUACUUUUUACAGUUAUUAGUAAACAUUUUAUUUAUGCCACUAGGCACUGUAUGUUGGAAGUCUUGUAUUAAAAUGUGUUUUCACCAAACUGA